AUGCGAGUUAGACAUCUCCAAACCCAUCUGCAAGAGCAAAAUUUGGUAAACACCGGAAAGCUUUCGGAGCUUCGACACGUGCAAGUGGGGGUCGAUGCUGUGUUCUGGCUCCGCUCCAUCCAGGCCUUGAAAGAUCCCUUCGCAGAUGCUCUCGGCGGAAUCCCGCCCGGCAUCUUCGGUUUCGUGGACAAGGAGCUGGAAGCGUUCAGAGAGGCUGGGAUCAAUCCGAUCUUCGUCUUCCAGGGCGUGGCACCGGGGCCCCAGCACUCCAUGUUUGUUAGCCGCAUGGACCAUCAGAUGGACAUGGCGUGGAAUUGCCUGGCACAAGGAGAAAAGUCGCAGGCACAGAAGUGCUUUGCCGUCUCCACGAGCCGAAUCAACGGCGAUUUCGUCUAUUUCAUAUUCCACCACUUGAGGCAGAAGGGUUACGAGUGCUUCCAAGCGCCCUACUUCGCCGGAGCCCAGCUGGCUCACUUUGCUGAGCAGGGCGUCGUAGAGACUGUGUUCGGUCCUCCCGGCCUUCUUCUUUAUGGAGUGAAGAGUGUGAUCAUCCAUCUCACCUUCCCUCAGAACACAUUUGACUGGGUGGAUCUGGACAGCGUGCUUGCAAAGUGGAACUUAGGUUGGGAUGAGUUCGUCGAUGCUUGCAUGCUGGCAGGGACGGAGUAUUGUCUCACGUACCCUUACCUCAAUUUGGGAGGUGGCGGCGUGCCACCCGUGCAGCCUGCUACGCAAGCCCGCUUUAACUUCGAGGCGGCAGUGUACAUUAUUAAGCAGGCGCCGCUGAUUAACUGGAUGCAGACAUUUCCCACGGAGGAGAUGAAGACGGACCAUGCGGACGGCUACUGCAUCUGCAAGGUGUUAGUGCAAAAUUCGCCUGUCCUCCAUCUGCAGGAUCACGCGAUUCGGCCGCUGGGCGCCUGUAGACCCGGCGGUUCACCGCCACAAAUUCCUGGCGACUUCUCCCUCAUCAUGGGUGCAAAGUUGCCACCAAGCUUGUAUUACCUGAUGCUGCACGGAGUCAUCUCGCACAAACUGCCGCAGGCGUUAGCCAAAGGCGAGUGGACGGACAAGUCGCAACCGCUGGUUGACACUUCGGAGUUCCGCGGGAUCCUAGGGGACCUGCAGGAAUACAGGAAAGUCGCCCUGGGCUUGAUCGCGCAGCAUUUGCAUCGUAGCUUCCACAACAAGAACAUCUUGUGCAAGGCUUUCUGGGAGUCUGGUCAGGUCCGACAGGCGCUGAGCAGCGACGCCAACCUCCCGAAGGAGGCGCGGCUCAUUCAGCCUGAGAUCAGGCAGGGACUCUGCUGGAGGAUUAAGGCAAACGCGGUGAAAGCGGAGAUGGCAAGACAGGGAGUCGACAAAGUCGAUUUCAAGUUUUGCCUGACUUGGCAUGCCCACGACUUCGAGAACGAAGGCAACCUGGUCAAAGGUCUCACCGACCACGCGCCACCCACUUGCGAUCCGGACAUGUCUUCGCUGGCCACGCUGGUGCACUUCAUCGUCCUGGAGAAGCUUGAACUCAUCAGCGACGAUGGAGCAGCGACGGUGCUGAGCGAUGUUCUGAAACAGAUUCCGGCCACUCUCACCGAGCCGGGUCUCAUAGCCUUGGAGCUCAUGAAAUUCGGACUCCUCUCGGGCGAGCCUUACGAGCCGGCACAGGAGGAUAAGCCCUUCCCUGAGGAGAUCCGCUACCCUCGCCCGGGAACACUUUCCGGUGAACAGAAGGAUAAGGUGUGCGGCAAGAUGCUGUUGUGCCGCGUGAUGUCUCUCGUCCCGAUGCGACUGAGAAAUGUCAUGUGGGAUUCCGAUGUGGACUUCGACCUUGCGGCAUUCCAUGCCCUGGUUCGAGCUCUCAAGCGGACGCUGAGGCAGCUUGUAGAAGGAGCUCUUGCUUCUGUCCUGCUGAAGGACCUCUCAAAGGUGAAGCUCCUUCCCAAGGGCUUCAUGUGUGCCACCCCCAGCAAGGAGCACUAUCCGAGCACCCCGGCAGAGCUGCCGACAUUCAUGCUGCCCCGGGCAUGUAUGGGCAUUGUAGUGAAAUAUUUCCUCGAGUAUACAGGAACUGCAGACCAGUUCCGCAGCGAUGUGGGCAAGCGCUUCCCCUGCUGCGUUCAGCCCAUCGAAGAUUUGAGGCUAGCCAUCACCUUUUGGAAUGAUUUGCGUCGUUGCGUCGACUCGAUGACG